AUGUUCAUCCGCCGGGCCGACCAGCUUACUAAAGAUCCCAAGUCAUUUGACAAGUUUCUUGCAUUCAUGGAGGACUAUACUGGAGAGAUUUUUUUAAUUCUGAUUGGACCGCCCAAAGACUUCUGUGACAUGGGAGCCUCUCGUCGCUUCACCAUGAAGAUGGAUCUCAAAGAUUACUCCAAUGAAGAGAUCUACCGCCUGUUGGUUCGCAUACUGAAGAAGCGCAGUCUUCAUGUCGAGGGGGGCUGGGAUGGUGAAAAUAUGAAAAUUCUUGCUCGUCGAAUUUGUCGCAGGCGGACGGAUACUUCAUUUACCAAUAUGUUGGCUCUACGAACUGUCUUAGAGCAGGUGAUGGGACGUCAGGCCUCGCGGCUAUGCCGGUCAUCGAGAGGCGUGACGGCGAAGUGUGAGAAGCCUCCCAACUACUACUUCCUGACGAAGUCCGACCUUCUCGGGCCAGCCCCACUAGACAUGCGAGAAAGGAGUGAGGGCUGGAAGCAACUGCAGAGUAUGAUUGGUCUCCAGGAGGUCAAAGAGAUGAUUGAUGACCUCGCACUUCGAGCAAAUACCAAUUAUCACCGUGAGAUCCAGGGUCUGCCCCCAAUCGAGACAUCUCUCAAUCGGGUAUUUCUGGGCCCUCCAGGUACCGGUAAGACUACAGUGGCCAGAAUCUACGGACAGCUUAUUGCAGAGCUUGGUCUUAUCUCCAGUGGCGACGUUGUAUUGAAGGAUCCCUCUGAUUUCAUCGGACAACACACCGGCGAAUCAGAAGCAAACACCAGAGAGAUACUCCGCGCCACUGAGGGAAAGGUUUUGGUUAUUGAUGACGCCCACAUGCUCUAUCAGGGAUCUGGACAUGGGACCAAUGAAUCGGAUUCGCAUCGAAUCGCCGUUGUGGACACGCUGGUCGCAAACAUCUCGAGUAAACCGGGCGAGGACCGUUGCAUCAUUCUAACCGGCUAUCCGGACCAGAUGAAAGAGUUUUUCGACAACAGUAACCCUGGCUUGCAACGGCGAUUUCUAUUAGAGGAAGCCUUUCGCUUCCAGGACUACUCAGUCGACCAGCUCGCUGAAAUACUCGAUUUGAAGAUGUCCCGCGAUGGGUUGACAGCCACCGAUGAAGCCAGAAAAGCAGCCAUAGAGGUCCUUUCCCGGGCUCUAGAUCGGCCUAACUUUGGGAAUGGGGGUGAUGUGGAGAAUCUGCUCGGUAAAGCAAAAGCGGCCUUUAAUAAGAGGCUAAAGGGUGUCUCCGACCGGCAGGGGAAAAUGAUCGAGCCUGUCGAUUUUGAUUCGGAAUAUGAUAGAGCCUUCAAGAUUAGCAAGGCUUGUGAAUCCCUUUUCUCGACAAUGAUUGGCAUGGACCCUAUAAUCACCCUCUUCAAGGACUAUCAGCAGAUGGCAGCCGGUAUGCGACUUCGCGAGAUUGAUCCGCGUCCAUACGUGCCAUUUGCAUAUGUCUUCAAGGGGCCCCCAGGAACAGGCAAAACUACGACCGCCCGCAUUCUGGGCCAGGUUUUCUACGACAUGGGAUUUCUGUCCACCUCCGAGGUUAUCGAAUGUACUGCCACGGAUAUGACUGGCGAGUAUGUUGGACAAACAGGACCCAAAGUCAUCAAAUUGCUUGAGCGAGCUUUGGGUAAGGUGCUGUUUAUAGACGAGGCCUAUCGGUUAGCAGGCACAUCCACUGGCCACAGUUCGACCUUUGCUGAAGAAGCAAUUGGCGAGUUGGUCGACUGCAUGACAAAACCCCGAUACGCUCGCAAACUCGUGAUUGUUCUUGCGGGCUACUCGGACGACAUGGACAGGCUAAUCCAGAUGAAUCCGGGCUUGCGAUCUCGUCUUCCAACAGAUAUCGUCUUUCCAUCAAUGGGCCCGGCGCAUUGUUUUGAGUUUCUUGAGGCACGGCUCAGGAAGCUCCAUAUAAACGUGGAUCGACAUGGCUCAGAUCCUAGUGGUGAGAAAUAUUCGACCAUGUUGAGCAUGUUUUCCCGGCUUCAAAAGACAGAGUCGUGGGCAAAUGCCCGUGAUAUUGAGACAUUGGCUCGGAACAUCAUCUUCCAAGUGUAUAAGAUGCAGAAAAGCCCUGGCGACUUGUCCAUUGGCCUCAGUAUCUCCAUGGAUACAGUGAUCACCUCUCUGGGAGAUCUGCUACAUCAGCGAGGACAAGAAGAUGAAAACGACACUCCUGAUAACACUGGUGACAAGUGA